CCAAACACGCCCUCCCCCAUUCUUCCCAAUCACUGUACUUUUUCCUCCUUCCCCACUUUCUCUUCACUCUCCAAAACCUCUCUCUCUCUCUCACAUACACAUAACCGAAUGUGACUACCCUUAACGAACCGCCAAAUGUCUUCACCCGAACAAGCCCUAGCCUCUCUCCUCUCCCAACUCGCCCUCUCCUUCGACGGCGCCGUCUUGGGCAUAGCCUUAGCCUACACCGCCGUGCGCUCCCUCCUCAAAUUCUCCGCCACCUCAUCCUCCCUCAACAAAAUCCUCAAAGCUCCCUCCGUCGUCCACGUGUCCGACCUCCGCUCCAUCCUCGCCGUCCAAGACGACCAAGACUCCUCCUCCUCCCAGCCGUCCGAUCAUCAUCAGAAACUCGUUGUCCUACGUGGCACCGUCGAGGCCAAAUCGGCCGUCGAUUCUAGUUGGAAAACCUUCAAGCCUAAUGUCCUCUUAUCUCAAGAGUCCGGUGACAAAGCCGUCGUCGUUCAACGAACCCAAACGUGUAUAUACAACGAAUGGAAGGGCUUUUUUGGAUGGCCGUCUGAUUUACGCGCAAUAUUUGCUAGAUCUCGGAGAGAACAAGAAUCAACCUCAAUAAGAGCGGUUCCUUUUGUUCUUGUUGAUGGUGGUCGGUGGCCACAUUCUGAUUUUGUUGUUGUGAAUAUGGAUGGCUCAAACCAUCCCCUUCCUCUCACAACAGUUUUUCAUCAACUGCAGCCUAUUACUGCUUCUCCAUAUACAUUCCUUCAGGCACUUUUUGGCCAUGAAUAUCCUGUUGGUCUGCUUGACGAAGAGAAAAUCCUUCCAUUAGGAAAGGAUAUUACUGCCGUCGGCAUGUGCAGUUUUAAAAAUGGAGUUCCUGAGAUCAAGUCAUGCAAGGAUCUUCCUUACUUUUUAUCUGACUUGACCAAGGAUCAGAUGAUUGUAAAUCUUGCCUUCAGGAGUAAAAUACUUUUGUGGGGUGGUGUUGCUUUUGGUUCCCUAUCAAUUGGUAUACUUGGCUACGCAGUUACGAGGAAUUGGAAUAGAUGGAAAGAGUGGAGGCAAAAUAGACAGCUCCAUCAACAAAGCCAGGCUGCUAGUCCCGAUGCUGGCACUCAGAUUGCAUCAGAGGAGGAGACAGGAGAUGUUCCAGAUGGAGAGUUGUGCGUGAUCUGUCUGAUGAGGAGAAGGCGAUCUGCAUUCAUUCCGUGUGGGCACCUAGUGUGUUGCCAACUGUGUGCUAUCUCAGUUGAACGUGAAGCCACACCUAAGUGCCCUGUUUGUAGGCAGGAAAUACGGAACUCAUUGCGGAUAUAUGAUACCUGAGGAAAAGAGUUACUGUUUCUUGAAUUAGCACACUGAUGAGGAGUUUGUUGAGAGUCACUGUAUUUGUCAAAGUGACAUGUAAUGAUUGGUCUUUUGUUUAUGAGGUUAAGAGUUCUAAAGAGGUACAGUAAACCUUUUUUUUUGGGGUGAAAGUUAGGUUUAUAGGAGCAUCUAAUGUGAAUAUACCUAGCAAAGUGCUGCAUAUUGCUUUAAUUGAUUAUCGAGACUUGACUUAUAAAAAAUUCAAAUUCUAUAACAGGUUGGGAGUUGUAAAUUAA